AUGGGUAAAAUGGUUCCUCUGAGACUGCUUGGGUUUGUGAUACAGAUUGUGAGUUUCCCUUGUCUGAGUGGUCCAGCGUCUGUCCAUGUACAGCUGGAGUUUUGCAGCUUUCCACUCAGCCUUCAGCCUGAUACUUACACACUCUUAUUGGGAAACAAGGUGCUGAGCAGCAGCGUGGUGUGUCAGAGUGUGUGUGAGUGUAUCAUGGGUGUACAUGUGCCACAGUCGCCUCCUGAACUGAAUCUGACUUUACAGUCGUAUGAACAGGAGCAGAUGUUGGAAUCCAGAUUCUUCCAGCUGGUUCCUCUGCAGAGCUCCGUUCUGGAAGUCGAGGUCUCUUCCACCAGCGCCGUGCUGAACUGGACCGACUGGACCCGUGAACAAGCGCAGCACGUGUGUGUAGACGCUCAGUGUUGGACGCUUUCAUCGUCUCAGCCGUCGCUCUUGGUGUCAGGACUACAACCUGGAACGCGUUACACAGUGACUGUAGAACAGAAAACACACAUUCCACAGGUCAAUAUCACACUCACGCAGAAGCUGCAGCUGGGUAUAGAGACAGGCUGGUGUCCUGUGGGCUGGAUAGCGACAGGGUGGAACUGUUUCCGGGUCAGACAGGAUGUACAGACGUGGUCUGAAGCACAACGGGUGUGUGAGAGUAUCGGCCCAGGAGUCCAUCUAGCCAGUACAAAGACGGACACUGACUUUCUGUCUGUCUCUGCCAACCUACAGUCCCACAACCACCUGCUGCUGCUGUGGACUUCUCUGAAUGACCAAGGGGAAGAGGGUCAUCUGUGCUGGGCUGAUGGCUCCGUCUACAACCUGAGUGUCGCUGUAAUAUCAUCUCUCUCAGCCAAUCAGACGAACUGUUUCGCCCUUCAAAGGAACGCUACAGGACCAGGCUACUUCUUCACUUCUCUCCUGUGUGACAUACAGCUUCCCUUCCUCUGCCACAUGCCAUUGCUGCAGGGAUCUUUCUCUGGCCUGUCUGUGGACAGUGUGCAGGAGACAGAAGUGGUCUUCAAUUGGUCAGACAUUUCUCAGGCCCACUCGGUUCUCGGCUCAGCGCUCAGCCUGCAUGUUCAUGAUCAGUCUGGUAGCCGAGUCCUUACACACACUCUGCUUGGACACACACUGAAUAGAAAGAUUGUGUGUGGACUGUCCCCUGGACACAUCUAUUACAUCUCACUCAGCCUUACACACCCCAGUGGAGCGUCUCAAACCCUCGGGCCGGUUCUCAUAGUUAAAACCAGACCAAACCCUCCACAGAACGUCACAGUGACGGAUGUCACAUCCAGUCAGAUUGCCCUAUCCUGGGCUGACCCUGAAUUUACCCAUGAUGCUUUGUUUGAGCGAUACUUCCUGUGCUGGGUGGAUGUAGCCUCUGGCAGGGGGCGGGGCUUGUGGUUGAACAGAGGGAAUCUCAGUGCUGUGAUUGGUGAUCUGGAAGAUUUUCAUGUUUACAGAAUCAGUCUGGUGUCAGUUACAGCAGAAGGGGUGGAGAGCUCUGAGGCCACACCCCUGCUUAUCAUCACAGAGGUUAAUCCUCCACACAGUGUUUCACUAUCAGCUAUUGGGACAGAAAACGCAACCGUGUGCUGGCAGCAGCUUGGUGAUCAUGAGGUUGAUGCAUAUCACAUCCAGCUACGGCCACGCCCUCCAAGUCAAGAGCGCUUCCGAGAAUUCUGGGUGAACAGCUCGGACUGUAUUACAUUUUCAAAGCUUGUGCCUGGUGAGACGUAUGAUGCGGGUGUGGCUACAGAAAGGGGCGGGAACAGGAGCGUGGAGAAAACCUUACAACUGACACUAAAGCCACAGAUGGUCCGAGACGCCGUCCCGUACUCAGUGGACAUGUUCUCCGUGGUCCUUUUUGUGCAGAUGCCCAUGAGCGGUGUUUAUGAUGGCCUUACUGUAGCUUACAGCAGGAACAGCACCUGGAUCCCGAUGUCCAGAGGGGCCAAUAAAGCUGUGGUGGGAAAUCUGAGUCCAGGAACCGCGUAUGAUUUCCAGCUGUUUGUCACCAGUAGAGGCGCGAGCAGUGACGGCUUCAGAUUGCGCUCAGUCAGAACUUGUCUGGCACCUCCAUUGCGUGCGCGUGCCGGUGUUGCGACGAACCACUCAGUAGAAGUAUUGUGGGAUCGAGCGGCGGGUCAUGAACACACAUAUGAAGUGCUUUGUAUGGACUGUACUGACACUGCCAUGGUGCAGAAAGUGUCACAGACUCGAGCGGUGUUUCAUGGUGUGAUCGCAGGAAAGCUGUGUAACAUCUCAGUGCGUACAGAGAAGGAGUCUUUUAGAGAUAGUGCACCAGUUUUCCUCACCAUCAGAGCUUUCCCUAGCUCGGUCACAUUACUGCUCGUUCGGAGGACAGCAUCGUCUGUGUGUGUGAGCUGGCGUGAGGGACCGGGAGUGUGUAACGCUUUCAUGCUGUCCAUCAGAAACUCCACCUAUAACUUGCAGAUGAGGCUCAGUGUCUCUGAUCAGAGAUGGUAUAACUUUGACCAUCUUCCUCCUGGGACUGUUUACACUGUCGAGGUGAGAAGUAUAAGUGGAAGGAGACACAGUUUUCCUACUGUGCUUACCGUUAACACGUUUCCAGCCCCUCCUGAUGCCAUCACCUUUAUUGAACAGGAAGGAAACGCCAUGUACGUCACCUGGACACGACCGCAGGGACGAGUCACCGGAUACAGGUUGUUUUAUGGUUUCGGUACGGACACUUUUCUUCCUCACCGAGUCAUCGUCCAUGGCAACCACAUGAGGAUAAGGGACCUCAUUCCAGGAAGUGAUUACAAGUUUGAGAUCCAGUCCUUCCUUGGGGAAGAUUUCAGCCAGAAUGUCAGCAAGAACGUCUCCACUAGUCCUGCAGGUGUGUGUUCUCUCUCUCUGUUACACUUCAACUCCUCGUCCGUCACACUGGCUUGGGACGUUGCUGUCGGCCAUUUUGACUUCCACAGGGUAACCGUGAGCAACGAUUCACACCAGUUGGUAUACAGCGUGCGCGCAGACACUCAAGAAUACACAAUGAGCGGCCUGCGGGACGGCUGCUCCUACAACACCACCGUGGAACGAGUCAGGAACAAGCAGAGCGGGACAGCUGCCAGUCUUACCGUACACACAGUCCCUGCUAUUCCUGAAGACGUGUGUGUGGUCAGUGUGUCUCCUCGCUUGUUCUCUCUUUACUGGCUGCCAUCUUCUGGAUGUGAUCAGCACUAUGUGGUCCAUCUUACCCCAGACCAUGGCAAUGUGACCAUGCUAACGACACCAGAUGGGCAUGUACAGGCCAAUGUGUCCAGUGUGACUCCAGGAACACAGUACACAGUAACCGUCAGUGCAGUCGCCUCCUCAGGGCUGAGUUCUGCCGUGAGCCGCUCCAUCACCACCACUGAAUCAGUUCCUGCAGCGCCCUUUAAACCCGAAGGAGAGCGAGUGGGCUCGAAUGGAAUCCUCCUGUCGUGGAGGAUGCCGCCUCCGUUCGACCCAAGCAUUGAAUCGUUCGUCAUCAGAUACAAGGAAAUGUGUCCACAUCCUGACCCCACCUUCACUGAGGUCACAAGGAACCUGUACAUCCCAGAAACCCUGCUGAACACACUCUCACCAGGGGCCACGUAUAAUAUUAAGGUGGCAGCAGUGAAUAACGCAGGAGUCGGACCCUUCAGCCAGUCCCUUUACUUCAAAACUUCAGAGGCCCCUCCUGGCUUGGUGACGAACCUCACGGCUUUUGCUCAGAAUCACUCCUCAGUGGUGUUGAUUUGGUUUCUUCCCGUACGCAUCAAUGGACUCAUCACGAAGUUCACAGUUAAAGCCAAACACGCCAGGACUGGCCAGACGGUCCGCACUCUGGAGCUCAACGCCCAGGAGAUCAUGAACGUAGCUCUGCCUCACUGCAAUGAUGCGGCAGACUUUCUGUCCCGUGCAACUCCAAGCCCCUCCGUCACCUCUGUAACAUCUGCAUUGCCACCUCUCACCAUGUCGGCCAUCCCUCCUGCCUCUAUCUGGAACGUGCCAAUCACAGUGGGAAUGGAUAUGCUCCGCCCCUAUACGGCCUACGUGUUCGAAGUGUCCGCCUUCACCAGUGAUGGGGAGGGACAAAUCGCUAGCACCAUGGUUCGCAUGCCAGAGGCUGCCCCUGAAGAUCCUCCACAGAAUUUGUCUGUGUGGAACAUCACCUCAAAAUCUCUCUCUCUGUCCUGGGAGCCUCCAACCAUCAUCACAGGACGUUUUAGCUACGUGAUCCAACUCCAUGGCCCUGCAGGUCUCAUUAGUGAGAACAGUACGAGUGAGCAGGCAAUUGUGUACACUGGACUGACCCCAUACACACGCUACCGCACCAUCGUCAUGGCCAAAUCAGCCGGAUCUACCGGGCCUGCUGCAGAAACCAGCAUCUCAACACCUUCAGAAGCCCCCGGCACAGUGUCGUAUCUCAGAGCAGUAGCUGUGGACUCCACGUCUGUGCGUCUCUCCUGGGGAACCCCCAAUCAGCCCAACGGACUCAUUACUCGCUACCGUAUCCUCGUCCUGCACCAUGACAUGCUCGUACAAGACAUCACACUCCGAGCAUUGCAGCAGAAUGCAAGCCAGGAUGAUGCUAACUCUGGAUCUGACCCGGUAUCCAUUCUGAGCUCCACCCAGCCACGACUGAGCACAAGAGCGGCGAUCACAGGCCUGACAUUACAGCCGCGUGAAUUCACACAAACACCAGUCAUGAGCCGGAUCGAGGUUCUGCCUCCCACUGAAGAGCUCAUUGACUUCUCGUCCGAUCACAUCUCCUACGUGGUGACAAGACUGAGUCCUUUUACCGAUUACAACUUCAGCGUGUCCGCCUUCACGAUUGUCGGAGAAGGACCUGCCAUACAGAUCGCACAGAAAACUCCAGAACAGGUGCCUAGCUCUGUUCAGGACGUGUCCUACGAGAACAUAAGCUCGACCUCCAUCUUUGUAAGCUGGAAUCCACCUCUGAACCCCAACGGGAAGAUCACACACUACACCGUCUACAUCCUCAACCUGCUCAGUCACCAGGCCCAGCAAAACAUUACAAACACCACCAGUAUCGUCCUCACAGGUUUGGAGAAAUACACGCAGUAUAAGGUGCGCGUGGCCGCUUCAACAGCAGCAGGCGAGAGCCCCGUGUCUGAUGAGGAUAACAUCUCGGUACUGACACCUGAGGAUGAGCCAGAUUCUCCUCCUCACAGCCUGGUUGUUUUGAACACCACAUCAUCCACUGCCACCAUCACCUGGUCUCCUCCUGAUAAACCAAACGGCAUCAUCCUUCUCUAUGAGGUGACCUACAGCAACGCAACAUUCAGCUACAUGGUGAAUUCAACUGUUCCCAGAGUCACACUGCACCAACUCAAGCCGUACACUCUGUACAACAUCACUGCACGUGGCUACACACGGCUCGGCCAUGGAGAUCAGACCUCACCCCUGCUACAGAUGCUCUCAGGGGAGGAUGUGCCUGGCAGUCCUCCAUAUGGGCUUGCAUAUGACAGCAUCAGCUCCAGCGAGGUGAAUGUGUCCUGGUUGCCACCCCUUGUGCCCAAUGGAGUCAUCUUGUACUACAGUGUGGAGUACUGGAACACCACACACACUCUGAACACCACCACACACACACCGUCUGUGCUCCUGUCCAACCUGCGCAAGUACGCACGCUAUCGCCUCAGCGUUCAGGCAGCCACUCGAGUCGGAUUGGGGAACCACAGCAGCGAAAUCCUCAACAUCACCACUCUGGAGGACGUGCCAGAUGGUCCGGUCCAUAACCUCUCGGCUCAGCUUUAUGGCUCUACGGCUGUAGUGAUUAGUUGGGACCCCCCUCUGGAGCCGAAUGGUAGAGUGUUCUACCAGCUAAGCCUGCAGGAAGCGGGCAUAACCCAUCCAUCCAUCAACCGAACGGAAAACCAGACCAUUACCAAGAUGACCACCGAUACGGUUUUCCUUUUCACCAAACUCAGGAAGUACUUCCCCUAUGUGCUUCGAGUUACUCCGGCAACGACUGCAGGCUCCGCCUUAGACCACACCUCCGUACUGCACCUGAGAACGGAUGAUGAUGUACCCAGUUCAGCUCCAUUGCUGGGUGAGAGCAGGAAUCUCUCGUCCACCUCUAUCCUGGUGUCAUGGUAUGCUCCUGUGGAACUGAACGGGGAGAUAAUCGAAUACGCCGUAGUUCUACAGGGUCCCCGAGGAUCCAACAGCACAUACACACCCAACUCGCAGCUCACUCUCACACACCUCACUCCAUACACAGCAUACAACCUUUCCAUCUCUGCGGUGACCCGCAAGGGCAUUGGACCCUCGCUCAUGCUGGCUCUGCAGACCGAUGAAGCAGGUCCAAUGUCUCCACCACGAAACCUGAGCAUCUUUAACCAUUCUUCUGACUCGGUGUGGCUCCACUGGGAACCCAGUCUGGAGCCCAGUGGCGUCAUUCAGCAUUAUGGAUUCAAAAUAGUGGAACUGAACAUGAACAAUGUUAUAUACCAGAACUCCACGGGGGCCGCAACUCAGGCAGAAUUACGGGGCUUCAAACCUCAUAGCUCUUAUGAGAUAAGUGUGUCGACUUACACUAGAGCAGGCAAUGGAGACCAGUACAGUCUUCCUGUCACCUUUACUACCAGCGAGUCAGUAUCUGAGGCGGUUGUGAAUCUGUCCUGUUCGGGCCUGGACUGGGAUUCAGUGUAUAUGGAAUGGGAGCCUCCAGAAAACCCCAACGGAGAGAUCUUGCUUUACCAUCUCAUCACACUAGAUCAAAGAGAGGACGCGCUACCCCUAACGAUUGGACACAAACUGGCAUACACUCUCAGCGGCCUGCAUCCUGACAUGUUUUAUGUCAUCUCUGUGGCUGCCGUUAACUCAGCAGGUCCAGGAAAAGAGUCCAACUGCACAGCACACACACUGCCUGAAUCAGCUCCUGGUCCCCCAAGGUCGCUGUCUGUGGUGAAUAUUAGCUCGGAUGCCGUGACUCUGAGUUGGCUCCGUCCUGCCCGAGUCUCCGGGUUCUUACGUGGUUACAGAGUAGAGAUACAGCGUCUGACACUCAUGUGUGAAACAGAAGAUGAUGCUUCCUGUGUGGAGAAUGAAGUUAUCCUUUUGGUAAAUGCGACAGAAAACAGAACAAGCGAGAUGACAGUAACACUUCAGCCCCUGCGUAAAUACAGACGCUAUCGUGUCCGAGUGUUGGCAUGGACCAAUGCUGGAGCUGGAGAUCCUACAGAGUGGAAGUACAUAUACACACUAGCAGGAAACCCUGAUGCCCCACCAGUUGCUGUCUCAGUGGUUCCUUCAGUCUCUGGGAUGAAAGUCACAUGGGAUGAACCAGCAGUCAUUUCAGGCCCCACCUCCUACCUCAUUGACGUUAUUGCUUUGGACGUUUCAGAACGUAAUGUGACCGUAGUGAGGAAUGCAGGAGAAAUCACGAUGGUGGUCAUUGGGAACUUGACUGCAUACACUUACUACUCGGUUACUGUCACUGCCUUUACUGGAGAUGUGGAUGACGCCCGCCGAGACGGCAUGGCCUCUGAGCCUGUCAUUGUCAGGACACUAGAGGGGGAACCAAAGGAUCCACCUAAAAAUGUGACCCUGACCAUCAUGCCAGAGGAAGUGACUCAUGUGUAUGUAACCUUCUUACCACCGGAUGAGCCGAACGGCAACAUCAGUGCCUAUCAUGUUUAUAUUUACCGCGAUGGACAACUGGACUUUGAGAUCGACAGCUUGCCUGUGGUCACGAACCCGAACAAGACCAUGACUGCUGUAAUAAAGGGACUUCAAGGAGGAUUCAACUACAGCAUACAGAUAGCUGCAGUGAAUGGAGCAGGAUUCGGGCCCAGAUCAGAAGUGAAACUCAGCAUGCCAAUGAAAGCCCCACCGGUGCCCUCUAAGAGGCCAAUGGUAGCCCUGAACAGUGCUGGCGUUCUCAUGGCAACACCUCAAACCAUCACUAUCGAGAUGCCUUUCUGUUUCUUCUCAGAUGACAACGGUCCUAUUCACAAAAUCCAGGUCAUCGUCUCUGAGCCAGCAGUGAUGGAUUACAGUAAUGUAUCUAACUGGAAGAGCGUGUUCCUCCACCCUACUGCCCCGUAUGUGACGGAUGAAGGUUUUCCAAAUCCAGAGUGCACUGAGGAUCCGAGUUCACCUGAGGAUAUGAUUCGCAAGAGCAUGUACGCCAGGACGUACGUGAUAGGAGCAGAGGAAGGAUGUUUCUCCGAGGAGGCACGGAUCCUCUGUAACGGGCCUCUCAAACCCAAAACAUACUAUGUAUUUAAAUUCCGUGCAACAAAUAUCCUCGGCCAGUACACAGACUCGGAGUACUCAGAGAGGGUCAGGACUGCAGAUGACCGUCUUUUGACUAGGGAUGAGCAGAUCAUACUCGGAGUGCUCCUGUCUUUUUUCCUGGCAUUGUUGCUGAUCUUGAUUAUAUACGCUUCUGUGCGGAUCCAUCAGAGGCAAAAAGAGGGCGGAACAUAUUCUCCACGGGAAGCAGAGAUUAUUGAGACCAAGCUGAAGUUGGAUCAGCUGAUAGCGAUGGCAGACAUGGAGCUGAAAGAGGAAAAAAUCCAGCGGCUGCUCAGUUAUCGGAAAUCUCUCAAGCCGGUCAGUAAGAAGGCUUUCAUUCAGCAUGUGGAGGAUCUUUGUGCCAAUGACAACGCCAAGUUUCACGAGGAAUUUGCUGAACUCCCCAAGCUUCUGCAUGACCUCGCAACAUCGGACGCUGACCUGCCGUGGAACCGCUCCAAAAACCGCUUCACAAACAUUAAACCCUAUAACAAUAACCGAGUGAAGCUACUGUCUGAGCCGGGGAUCCCGGGGUCUGAUUAUAUCAACGCUAGUUUCGUCUCUGGUUAUCUGUGCCCUAAUGAGUUUAUAGCCACUCAGGGACCUCUUCCUGGUACCGUGGCUGAUUUCUGGAGAAUGAUUUGGGAAACCAGGACCAAAACCAUUGCCAUGCUCACCCAGUGCUUUGAGAAGGGUCGGAUUCGUUGUCAUCAGUACUGGCCGGAGGAUAACAAGCCGGUCACUGUGUUUGGUGACAUCAUCAUCACAAAGCUGACUGAGGACGUGCAUCCUGACUGGACUGUCAGAGCGCUCCGAGUGGAGAAGCAUGGUGACUACAUGGUGGUGCAUCACUUUAACUACACGUCCUGGCCAGAGCACGGUGUUCCUGAGUCCAGCUCCACACUAAUCCAGUUUGUCAAAGCUGUCAGGUCCAACAGAGGCCAUGACAACACAACCAUCGUAGUGCACUGCAGUGCUGGUGUGGGCAGAACCGGAGUCUUUAUAGCUCUAGACCACCUGAUUCAGCACGUCCGAGACCACGACUUUGUGGACGUGUACGGCCUGGUGGCAGAACUGCGCAGUGAGAGGAUGUGCAUGGUGCAGAACCUGGCUCAGUACAUGUUCCUGUAUCAGAGCACUCUGGAUCUGCUGACCAGCAAAGGCAACAGUCAGUCCAUCUGGUUCGUUAACUACUCAGCGUUGGAGAAAAUGGACUCGCUGGAUGCUAUGGAAGGUGAUGUUGAGUUGGAGUGGGAAGAGACGACGAUGUAA